AUGGCGGCGACAGCGGCCAUUUUUGUAUGUCACGUGGGCGCAGGCGCGGAAGGGCGAGAGGCGAGGUACAAAUAAGACGUCUGCAAACUUGCAUACAUUCUUGGGAUUCGACAUCAUUUAGCGGUUUCAGGUUAGGCGAUUCGAACAAGAUAGUUGAUGGCAGGUUAUAGUCCACAAUAUUUAUGUCUUCCUUCAGUUAGGCUUCUGAACCCAGUCAGUUCCUGUUAUGUUUACAAGCGUACGCAGGAGGAGGGUAGCAGACGACAGAGAGCGUAUUCAGUUUAUACUGAAUUCACGGAAACAUAGUCAGUUUAUACUGAACUCAUGGAAACAUAUUCAGUUUAUACUGAACUCAUAGAAACAUGUUCAGUUUAUACUGAACUCACGGAUUUCAGAACAGUGACAUACCGAUCAUCUAAACAGGCAGGCCGCGAACAAACAAAACGCCGACAACAAAUUCGCUUGAAAAGCUAAAAUCCCCGAAGUGCGCGAGAUCACAGGAGUUUCAAAUCCUAAGUACUGAUCAUGUAGUUCCUGCGGUGGAGUAUUCAAGAUGUGGAGAAAUAAAUAGCAUAACACGUAUUACAUGUAUUACAUUGAAGAAAGUUUUAGCAGACGAAUUGUUUGUGGCCAGACGAACUUUUCCCCUUCUCUCCAGUUGUGACGAAACGAAAGAAAGCGUCGUUUCCGACUGCGCAUGCGCAGUUCAUUCGCCACCGACCAGUCGGGAAGCAGCAGCUUUGGCCAAAAGAAAAGUUUUGUUUCCCGAAGCAGACGCCAAACUUUGAGUGCGGCAAUCCGUACGGUGCUGAGUCUGGGAGCUAUCGAUUCACGUGUCCACAGUGCGCGUGCACCUGGACGUUUUUCGGCGGUCCUACGCCCGAAACCCUGGACCGUCUCGGGUACCCGUCGCCCAGCGUGUGACCCCGAUCCCCGUUCACCGAGAAAAUGGCGACGGCGGCGGCGCCGACGACGAUGGGAACGGCCGCCCCGCCGACGAACUCCCCUCGGCGCAGGUCCGUGGCGGUUAAGCGGUCCGUCGACGACUCCGACUCGGACAGCGGAGCCGCCACGCUCGCCAAGCGGACCAAGAACGGCGACGGAUCCUCCAUCGGCCCCAACGACGUGGCGUCCCUCAGCUGGAGCCUGGAGGAUCUUGGCCACCUGGUGGCCAACCUGGCCAGCUGCCUGCCACCCAACGACCUCAUCAAGUACAACACCAUGGUGGAGAAGCUGGACUGGGAGAAGGUGCGCUUCGGCUCGUACUCGGCCGCCGACUGCAAGGACAAGUGGACGCAGGUCAUGCAGAAGUUGCGCAGGUACCGCACGCUGACGGACCUCGUGAUAGACGCCCGUGACUGGCUGAAGCAGCCGUGGCCGGCCGGGAACAGCACGGCGGCCGGGUCGAGGCGGCCCAAGCACCCUGACCUGCCCAAGAAGCCCAUGACGCCCUACUUUCGCUUCUACCACGAGAAGCGGGAGAAGUACUCCCGGGAGAAUCCGGACCUGUCCAUGACGGAACUGGCCAAGCUCAUCUCCAAGAAGUUCCAGGAGCUGUCCGACAAGAAGAAGCAAAAAUACAAGGAAGGCUACGACAAGGACAACGAGAUCUACAAGGCAGAGAUGAGCAAGUUCAAGAAGGCCCACCCCGAGGUCUUUGCUGAUCCCCCGCACAAGCAUCCGCAGGCGGCCAACUCAAGCCCGUGCCCUCCCGACGCCGUGCCGGAGAAACCCCAGACUCCUGUUCAGUUGUUCACGCUCGACCGGCUAAAGAAGCCGGACUUCAGUAGGUUGGACAAGAAAGAGGCUCACGACGUGAUUCGUAAGCAGUGGGCAGCUCUCUCGGACGGAAAGAGACUCAAGUGGAUCCGGCGGUCGCUGCAGGAUCAGCAGAGAUACGAGAUGGAAGUGGCUGAGUAUAGCCAGGCUUACCCCGGGUUCAAGGCCGCCUCUGUCAAGCCCAUCCUGAGCAAGGCUGAACAGGAGUUCAAGGAUAAGUGCGAUGGCAAGCCAGAGAGGCCUCCCAAUUCGGGGUACAGUCUUUUCUCCCGGAUCAUGCUGCGUCAACUGAAGAAUGUGCCCGCCAAAGAAAAGAUGGCCGAGAUCUCGCGGCUCUGGAAGGCCCUGGGUCAGGGCGAGCGGGAUUCGUACAACAAGCAAGCCACCAGGGCCAACGCCAAGUACAAGGAGAAGUAUGCCGCGUACCUGAGCAACCUGCCCGAGGAGGAGCGCCACAAGCUGGAGGCGGACGGCACGAGCGCCAAGUCCGGCGGCGCGGCGGCGGCGGCCGUGGCGUCCAAGAAGGGGGCCGCGUCCGGCCGGGCUGCGGGGGACGAGAACCAGCCGCCGCCGGGGGGCCAGCAGACCCAGCAGGAGCGGCCCAAGCCCAAGAAGCCGCUGUCGGCCAUGUUCUUCUUCCAGCAGGAGAAGGUGUCCGGGAUGAAGGAGCGCUGCCCGCAGCUCUCGCAUCAGGAAGUCAUGAGGGCCCUCGCCAGGGAGUUCUCGGAGCUGUCGGACCGGAAGAAGGAGAAGUACCAAAAGAUGGCGACCGAAGCCAGGCAGAGGGCCAUCGAGGAAACCAACGGUCACAAAGUGAAAGAGGAAAGGACGUACCAGUCGGCUGCCCAGCCGACCUCGAACCGCAAGAACAGGCUCUUCAAAGGGGAACCCAAGAAGCCACCUCAGAGCGGGUACGGGGUGUUCUCGACGGAGAUGCUCAGCCAGCUGGUGGACGUGGACCCCAAGCACCGCAUGGCGGAGAUCGCCAAGCGCUGGAACGUCAUGUCGGACGCGGAGAAGGAGACCUAUAAGCGCAAGGUGCAGGACCAGCAGCGCAAGUACGCCAAGGAGCUGUCCAGGUUCCUCGAGAAUUUGACCCCCGAGGAGCGGCUGGAGUAUGAGGCCCGUCGCGCCAAGAUGAAGGACAAGCGUAAGGGCGGUGCAAUCAAGGCGGCCGCCACCCGCAAGGAGAAGAAGCGCAAUGCCGCCAACAACGCAAAGCCUAAGGAGCAGAGGGCGCCGUCGUCGGGCAGCAGCUCGGACGACUCUUCGGACGAGGAUGAGGACGACGAGGAAGAGGAGGAGGACGAGGAGGAGGAGGCAAAGAACAGCGACAAGUCCGAGGAGGCGUCGGACUCUAGCUCGGAAGCGGACUCCGACUCGGGCUCGUCAGACUCCUCCAGCAGCGAUGAGGAGGAGGAGGAGAACGCCGCCGUUCCCAAGAAGCCGCCGGUCGUGAGGAAAGAACCGCCCCUUCCCGUUCCGAAGGUGGAGGCCAACAACACAGGUCACCAGGAGGAAGAGGAAGAAGAGAGCAGCGACAGUGACAACGAGGAGAGCAGUUCGGACAGUAGCGACGACGACUCCAACGAGUCCGGUUCCGACAGCAAGGACUAGUCACGUCGGCGUGGCUCCGCCCCCGCCGGGCCUGUACAGUUUCGCACCCAUUUUCCCUUCCGUCGUCGACGUCUCCGAGGAGCUCCCGACUCCCUCCGUCAAGGGACUACUCAACUUCGACGUGCCCCGUGGUCAGAAUCCCCCCCACCCCAAUUCGGAAGCGGCGGCAUGCGAGAAAGAAGAUUUUGAGGUGCCGCACGCACUCUAGUUCCUUUUUUUUUUCUUAGCGAAAUUUAGUUUUGGAACGUCCCAGCCGCGCGAUCUGGAACGACUCCGGAAGGCGACCGGGCCAUCCCAGCUCGGCAUCCCGCCGCCCGUGUCGACGAAACUUUUUGCCGCUUCAGAGUCCCGGUGCCGAGAAGAACCGUGCCCGCGCUCACAACCUACCUAAAAGCCCGUGCUGCGCUUACAACUGAGCAGACUUGCUGUACCAGUACCCGUCUACAAAGUGCCUGUCGUGCGGAAUUUUAGGCUCCCAAUGCUCGCGUCGGCCACCUUGUUUUCUCAACGUCUCGCGGCAAAUGUUUUACAUGCCACGUAUGUGUCGAUUUCUUCUGCGAGCCGCGCGACGCCCGAAGUCAGAAUUUUUACGUUGCGCCCCAAGGCGUUUGUCGGAAACGCGCUGCGUUCCGACACAAUGUUUCUCGCCAAAAAAUAUGUUUUGCCAAGGCCAGCCCGGUCUAACUCGCUCAGACGGAGCUCCGCAGCGGUGAGACGUCGACCUAACGUAUGCGUCAUACUCCUCGUUUUUUUUUUGUUCCUUGCACACUCCUACUUAGCUGAAAGCUUUGUCAGCCCCGUGUUGUGACCAUUGGGGGCGAAGUGCCACCGAAAGGGGGGUAGGAUUGUGCCCCAUUUAUAUAAUGAAAAGAGACGAAAGCUCAGCGUACCUCCAGAGUCGUGCACAGGUUUUCAACGGGAUUCGCGUCUCGGUCUCCUCAAGUUUCUGCGCCGCCACUUAGAACAAGGGAAGAAAGAGAGAGCGGAAAAAUUUUAACGUGCCUUUCCCCUUGUUGAAAAAGAAAAGAAAAAAUAUGCGGUGCAGCGUGCCAUGUAGUUUUCGUGUUGUGCGUGUACGUCGUCCUUCAUAUAUUUUUUUUUUCUUCCCAUUAUUUUUCCGAGUUUGUACAAAAAAAAGGUUGCGCAUCAGUCUUUUCUUUUUUUUUUCUCUCUGUGCUACCACGUUCAUGACCAUUGUCACCAACUAGUCCAUUUGCCUUAACUGGGAUGCAAAAGGGAAUUUUUUUUAAAUAAAACCAUGUUGCAAAGUUUA